AACAGUGAGAAGGGACUUUGACCUUGACCAUGCUCACCUUCUUGUAGGAACAUGCUUGCCAACUCAGCCAGCGUGAGGAUCCUCAUCAAGGGAGGCAAGGUGGUGAACGAUGACUGCACCCACGAGGCUGACGUCUACAUCGAGAAUGGCAUCAUCCAGCAGGUGGGCCGUGAGCUCAUGAUCCCUGGCGGGGCCAAGGUGAUUGAUGCCACAGGGAAACUGGUGAUCCCUGGUGGCAUCGACACCAGCACCCACUUCCACCAGACCUUCAUGAAUGCCACGUGCGUGGACGACUUCUACCAUGGGACCAAGGCAGCGCUCGUCGGAGGCACCACUAUGAUCAUUGGCCACGUCCUGCCCGACAAGGAGACCUCCCUCGUGGACGCUUAUGAGAAAUGCCGGGGUCUGGCCGACCCCAAGGUCUGCUGUGACUACGCCCUCCACGUGGGGAUCACCUGGUGGGCACCCAAGGUGAAAGCAGAAAUGGAGACACUGGUGAGGGAGAAGGGUGUCAACUCAUUCCAGAUGUUCAUGACCUACAAGGACCUGUACAUGCUUCGAGACAGCGAGCUGUACCAAGUGUUGCACGCUUGCAAGGACAUUGGGGCAAUCGCCCGCGUCCAUGCUGAAAAUGGGGAGCUUGUGGCCGAGGGUGCUAAGGAGGCACUAGAUUUGGGGAUCACAGGUCCAGAAGGAAUCGAAAUCAGCCGUCCAGAGGAGACUCACUGUCCAAUCUACCUGGUCAACGUGUCCAGUAUCUCGGCUGGUGACGUUAUCGCAGCUGCUAAGAUGCAAGGGAAAGUUGUGCUGGCUGAGACCACCACUGCACAUGCCACGCUGACAGGCUUACACUACUACCACCAGGACUGGUCCCACGCGGCUGCCUACGUCACGGUGCCUCCCCUGAGACUGGACACCAACACCUCCACCUACCUCAUGAGCCUGCUGGCCAAUGACACUCUGAACAUCGUGGCAUCAGAUCACCGGCCUUUCACCACAAAACAGAAAGCUAUGGGCAAGGAAGACUUCACCAAGAUCCCACAUGGAGUGAGUGGCGUGCAGGACCGCAUGAGCGUCAUCUGGGAGAGAGGAGUGGUUGGAGGAAAGAUGGAUGAGAACCGUUUUGUGGCCGUUACCAGUUCCAACGCGGCUAAGCUUCUGAACCUGUAUCCCCGCAAGGGCCGCAUCAUCCCCGGAGCCGAUGCUGAUGUGGUGGUGUGGGACCCAGAAGCCACAAAGACCAUCUCAGCCAGCACGCAGGUCCAGGGAGGAGACUUCAACCUGUACGAGAACAUGCGCUGCCACGGAGUGCCACUGGUCACCAUCAGCCGGGGGCGCGUCGUGUAUGAGAACGGCGUCUUCAUGUGCGCCGAGGGCACCGGCAAGUUCUGUCCCCUGAGGUCCUUCCCAGACACUGUCUACAAGAAGCUGGUCCAGAGAGAGAAGACUUUAAAGGUUAGAGGAGUGGACCGCACUCCCUACCUAGGGGAUGUCGCUGUUGUCGUGCACCCUGGGAAAAAAGAGAUGGGAACCCCACUCGCAGACACUCCUACCCGGCCUGUCACCCGGCAUGGGGGCAUGCGGGACCUUCAUGAAUCCAGCUUCAGCCUCUCUGGCUCUCAGAUCGAUGACCAUGUUCCAAAGCGAGCUUCAGCUCGGAUCCUCGCUCCUCCCGGAGGCAGGUCGAGUGGCAUUUGGUAAAGGCACUGCCCAGCCCCCCGAGUGAGGACACACCGCCGCCACCAGUCCGCAACUCUCCGGCCACAGCUUCAGGGGCAGGAGAGGCUGGGCUGGGCAGCACACCACCCAAAGGGGGCCCCAGGACCUGCGGAGCCCUCCCUAUGUCUGCAAAGUGAUUCACUGUGCUUCGAGCCAACUCUAACAGGCACUUUGAGAUGUGUUCCUCCUGCUGUAGUCCUUUCUGCCUUGGCCUCCGUGGGCUUUUCUGGGGCCCAGGAAGCCCACACUGUGCACAGAGCCCAGUGCAUAGAGCCCUGGCCAGCCCUUCCUCUCACUCCUGCCUCCGCUGGCUUUGGGAAAGCCCAGACUUUAGUGCCCUGCCCCCUGGCUGACUGCCCAGUUGUCCAGAGCACUUUAGCAGAUGUGGUUUCAAAGUAAAGGCCUCCUCCCCCACCCCUUAGGCCCUGUGGUGACAUUUCCCAAGCCAGACAGGUGUCAGCUUCCCAGCCAUGCCCAGGACGUCCCAUCUCCCCCAACCCACCUCUGGCCCUGUGUAGGGGCAGGGAUGGGGGUGGCUGGACACCCGGUGCCCCUCGCCAGCUUCUCUUGUGCCCCGCCCACACCCUCGGGGGGUCACAGGUCCAGGAGGGUAGCUGGGCGGGGCUCGAGGCUGGUGCCCGGCGCGUGUAAAUGGUUUGGUUUUGCACGUUUGGUUUGCGCAGUAGUUUGGUUUGACUUGUUUGUGCAUCCUGUGAAAAAUAACGGUGCUUGUGUCACUAGCAUAGAAUAGCAACAGGAAUAGAUGUGGUCCUUAGGAGACGCUGCACUCGACACCAACCAGACAGCACAGGGCAGGGGCGGUGGAGGGGCUGGGGUCACAGGCCUCUCUUCUCCCCGCCUGGGGCCUUCCGGGCUGCUGGAGGCCCAGGCCCUUUCCCCCUCCCCUCCCCUCCUUGUCUAGUUUCCCACAUUCCAAGAGGGGGCCUGGGAUGCUAGCCCCGGAGAUGCCAGCCCUUCAGGAAGCAGGUGUCCUUUCCCCUCUCUGCCCCAUUCACUCCCGGCACUCCCCCUGCCUUCCCCCCAUCUCCACCCACCCCCCCCCACACACACACACACAUACGACUUCCUGUAACUUCUUCCUGCUGGACAGAGACUCAGUGCUCCUCCUGUGUGACUGGCAAGAGGCCUCAUGCCUGCUGAGAGAGGAGGAGUGGGAGAGGGGCUCGCCAGACACCAGGGAGGGAGACCCCAGGCACACAGGACCUGGCUGUCGAACCCACAUUGCUGCUCAGGUGCCGUGAUCUCCCGUGGCUGGCACCAGGCCCUCGCUGGCUCAUGGCCUCAUCUUCUCCCCGUCUGUCCAGGUAGGCCCUCCCUGCUUCUGAGGCCCUCCAGAAGUUCCCAUGGAAACACUAGAGGCCGGGUGUCUCCUUCCACCUCCAGUGGUCUGGGAAGUGACCCGGCCGCCUGCCCUUAUUAAGCCUUGUCUGCCCCAUGGGAAGUGACUUCAUGUUGCACAUGUGAUUUCAGCCCCUGAGGCUUGUGCAAGGUUUCUGGACCCUCAGUUAAAGGUCAGUCUCUGGCCGGGCGCGGUGGCUCACGCCUGUAAUCCCAGCACUUUGGGAGGCCAAGGCGGGUGGAUCAUGAGGUCAGGAAAUCGAGACCAUCCUGGCUAACACGGUGAAACCCCGUCUCUACUAAAAAUACAAAAACUAGCCGGGCGAGGUGGCGGACGCCUGUAGUCCCAGCUAUUCGGGGGGCUGAGGCAGGAGAAUGGCGUGAACCCGGGAGGCAGAACUUGCAGUGAGCUGAGAUCGCGCCACUGCACUCCAGCCUGGGCGACAGAGCCAGACUCCGUCUCAAAAAAAAAAAAAAAGUCAGCCUCUGCACAUCUCUGUAGUGCUGUUCGUGUAUUCAAACCACUUCCAUAUAUGACCUCUCACUUGGUCCUCAUGACAAUGGAGCACUUACUAUUCUUCCCAUUUUACAGAUGAGGAAACUGAGGCCCAAAAAGUUCAGGCCCUCUGACCCCAGAAGUGUCUGUGACCACCCUUCCAACCUUGGCUAUCUACCCCAGCUGUGGAGAGGAGGUCUGGGGUGACAUCUAUUGUAGAUCCCACCUGAGAGUUUAACCAACAGGAAGACUUACUUUCCUGGUAGGCAGCCUGCUUUGUUUUGCACAGGUAGAUAGAUUUUUUUUCCUCAUCUUUCUUAUAAACAAUCUCAUGCACAGUCUGUGUUUGAGCUAGGACUAGUCACCCUUUGGGGGCUAACUGUGCAGUGUGAGCUGCAUCCACACCCUCACUUCUCCCUUCACUCCCCCUUUCCUCACUCAGGGGCUGAGAGGACAGAGGUGGUCAGUCAGGGAGCAGAGGUGGCGAAGGGGCUCAUGGCAAGUGGCAGCCAUUGGAACAGGGGUGAAGACUCAGGCCUGGGAAAGCCACCAGGGAUAGGGGAAACCAUGACACUGCCUCCUGGUGCAGUGCACACCAUCUCUAUCCCUGUCAGCCCUCACUGGGUCAUGGGCCUUGGGCAGAUGCCAAAGAGCCCAGCAGCAGUGGUGGUGGCCAGCUGGGCAAAGCAUCCUUGCUUGGGCUAGGAAAGCUUUACCUUCUCUGAGUGCCUCCGCCCAAGAGAUGCGUGACCCGUGGCACCAGGGAACCACAUCUUGGAGUGGUCCACUGUAGGCCAUCCACUUCAUCCACCCCCAGUCCUUACAUAGGCCCUACCCUUUGCCCGGGAGCUUCUAGAUGGAAAUCAGAAAGAGAUUCAAGGAGCCGAAUGAGCGGUCAGCCCCCACCAUGCACUCCUUGCCCCGUGCAGAGCUCCAGCCAGCUUCGUCACCAGCCCCACUGGCUCCUGGUUGGAAUGAAAGGGUCUCUGGUUGCACUGAAUGCAGCUCUCAAACUGGUCUUGUACUUGCUGAAUAAAUACUGUUGUUCUUGCCUUA